AUGAAUAAUAAUAGUAAUAAAAAUAGUAAUUUUAAAAGUGGUGGUGAUGAAGAUGAUAAAAUAUUGAAAAAGAAGAGGUUGGAUAAUGAUGAUCAACAACAGCAACAGCAACAAUCACCACCUAAAAAAAUGAUAAUAAACAAUAACAACAACAUAACAACAAUAGAUUUAGAGAAUAAUAAUUCAUUGUAUUACAAAAGUGAAAAACUAAGACAAGAAAUACAGAGAACUACGCCACUCUCUGUUUUGGUGGAUCAAGCCGAUGACCUAAUCAAACAUUGGUUGAAAUGCUCAUCUGCUGAUAUCAAUUUUAAGAAUAAUUUAAUACAGAUCAUUCAUUUAUUUUAUGAUAUAUCUAUUAAUAAUAACAUUACUAGUACAACAACAACUAAUAGCAGCAAUAAUAAUAAUAAUAAUAGUAAUAAUCAAAUAUUAAUAAUACCAAGAUUAUUAGAUAUUGUAUUGAUAUCAUUUAUGAUGCAUAGACCAGAGUAUAUCAUAACUGUGAUCUACACAUUAGCAGAGAUGUUAGUCAAUGAAUCAUUACAGUAUCAUUCAAAGUCAGCACCAUUCUAUUUGUUUAAAGAUCUAUUUAGAGAUACUUCUGGUUCAGGUUAUAAUUUAAUAUUACAACAGAAACAACAACAGCAACAACAACAACAGAAUCAACAACAAAAGUAUCAACAAUAUGAUAAAAAGAAUAAGAAAUUCAAUUAUAAUCAACAGCAACAGCAACAGCAACAACAACAACAACAAUUUCAAUUACAACAACAACAGUUUCAAAAGAUAAAUGAUAGAUCCAACAGUAAUACGUCGGAUACCAUUAAGUUACAGAUACUCUCUGAUUUGACAACUGUUAACUUUGCAUAUUAUAUCAAGUCAAACAACAACAACAAUAACAAUGACAAUAAUGAUAAUAAUGAUAUUAAUAAUCAGUUUCAUCUUUCACAAUGGAUAACAUCAUUAUUAAAGUAUAGUAGUGAAAUGGUAUUGAAUAUCUAUUUCCAAAGUUUGUUACAAUCACCUUUUAAAUCAUUUCCCAAUUUAAAACAAUUAUAUAUUAGUAGUAGUAGUAGCAAUCAAUCAAAGCAACAACAAGAACAACAACAAACAAUAGAUAAAGAUAAUAAUAAGAAACAAGAAGAUAAACAAAUAGAGGUAUCAUUAAAGACAAUGAUAAAACAACAUACAAUACAAAUAUUCCAAAUAACACAAAAGACAAUCGAUCCAGUCAAACAGAAUAACUCUUUAAAGAAAUUACAAUUACUCAUACAAACUAUUGUUCCAAUAUUAGUUAUUACCUUAAAUACUAGUAGUAAUAAUAAUAAUAAUAAUAAUAAUAGUUAUAAUAGUAAUUGUAGUUUAGAUGGAUUUAAUGAAAUAAUUCAAUAUUAUUUUUUAAACAUUAAUAAAGUUACACAUACACAUAGAUUACUUCAAAGUUUAAUUGAAUCAAAUAAUAUUGAUAAAAUAAUUAGAUUGAUUGAAAUACUUAUAAGAUGGAAUCAAUCGAAUACAGAUCAUUUAGUGACGUUACAAAAUCAUUUUCUACCAGCGAUCUUCCAGUUUGUGGGCUGUGAGGAGAAUGACAAUGUUCGAUUCAACACCGAGUUGUUGUUGAAAAAGAUAUUCUACGGUGCCAAUCAUCUCAAUGUUUUGUUAUUCGGUGUCAACUACCGAUUCGGUUUGAAUGGUUACUACAGUCCACGUCAGUUACUGGACGGUGUCAAAACCAUAGAGAAUCUCAUUAGGACAUUAGAGUCAUUCCGUAGCGACACUCAGAGUAAAGUCUACAAGAUAUGGGGACAAUAUUGGAGAUCUACACUCUCACUAAAUAACAACAAUAACAAUAGCAACAAUAACAAUAACAACAACAACAACACAUCGACUAUUGCUCAUCAAUUUUGGAGUUGUCGACAACUUCUUUUGUUCUAUGUACACAUGCCGCAAGACCUUCAAGAUAUCACCAAGAUCUUCCUCUUCACCUAUCUCGGUCAACUCGAACUACAACCAAAUCAAUUCGAUUCGAAAUCAAUAACUAUAUUUCAACAAUUAGUUAGAAUACUUUUUAAUAUUAGUUGUGAUAUUAAAACUAUUAAUAAUGAUAAUAAUAAUAAUAGUAAUAGUAAUAAUAGUUUUAUAACUAAAAUUGAAAAGGAAGAAGAGGAACAGGAAAAUGAUAGAGAUGAUGAAGAUAUUAGUAGUAAUAGUAAUAAUAUAUUCUUAGAUUAUAUAUAUUUCAUUAUUAGAAGAUUCAGUAAUCACAGAUUGAUUAUCAAGAGUAUAUCGAUGUCUUUGAUCGAGCUGUUAGAUAGUACAUUAGUUCUGGACCAAUUGUUCUCAUCACCCUAUCUCUCAUCCACAAACAACACCACAUCACUCACCAGUUUAUUCAUUCCAUCAACCAGUGUAAAUAAUCUAUUACAAAUGUUAAUAUCAAUAUUACAAACAACUACAUCAUCGUCAUCAUCGUCAUCAUCAUCAACAACAACAACAUCAUUACAAACCAACAAUACAAGUCAACAAGAUCUAUACUAUUUCUUUUUAAAUUUAUUUAUCGAUAAUCAUACAACAUUAGAUCGUAUAUUAUCAUUAUCAGCAUCAUCCGAUUGUAAAUCUAAACUACUUGCAAUUAGGUUAUUAGAGUUAAUACAAAUAGGUACAAUACAACAACAGCAACAAAAUAAUCAACAACAACAACAUAAAUAUUGGAAUUCAACUAGAUUAAAUUUAAUUUAUAAUUCAUUGUUAGAUCCAAUUGCAUCAGAUUCAUCAGCUCAAUUCAUUCGAUUCCUCGUUAAAGAGAAGAUUAUUUCGACUUCAUCGAUUUUGGAGUCUUUGUUCCUGCAACUCAUCAUUCACAAUAAUAACAUUGACAGUAACUGUAACAACUCUAUCAUUUUAAUAGAAGAGAUACUUAGAAGCAACCUAUCACAACUAGAUAAAGUAUUAAAAAUGAUUAAAUCUUCUUUAUUCAACAAGAUACCACCAACUUUUAAUAAUAACAAUAAUAAUAGUUACUCUGAUAACUCUUCUUCUACUUCCUCUUUAUACAAUAAUAUUCAAAACAACAACAACAACAACAAUAACAAUAAUUAUAUGAGUUCAAAUCUUUUAAUACUAUUACAAAAGAUAAGUGGAUUAACGGAUUUGUCAGGCGAUAUCGUAUCAUUGUCGAUAGAUUCCAUCUAUAUGUAUCCGGAUACAGUACAGUUGCUUCAGUAUCAGUUGAUUGCCAGUGCACUGGAGCGAAGAGACAAAGACAGUCAAUCAUUUGACAAGUUGAACAGUUUCAUCAAAGAUAGACUAUCGUCAAUCAUCGAGGGACUGACAUCGUCCAAUGUCACCAUUAGAAAACUCUGUCUAACCAUACUCCAAGAGUUUAUUGAGAUGUCUUAUAGACAUGCUCAUUCCAUCAACAACAACAAGAGAAAGAGAGGUAUCGAUAGUUUAGUUACCAACAGCAACAGCAACAUCAAUAGUUCUAUUAAUGAUCCAAUGGUAUUAGAUACAACAGAAUCAUCAUCAUCAUCAUCUUCCUCUUCUUCAUUAACAACAAACAACAACAACAUUAAAUUAAAUCCAUAUGAAAACAAAGAAUUAGUACAAAACACAAUUAACUACAAAAUCAAUGGAUUGACAAUGAUAUCGGAUACAUCGAAUAUCAUAUUCCUUAGAGAGGCCAAUGAAUAUAUAAAUAUGUUUACAAGCAGAUCACUUAAAUAA